AUGAGACCCAACUCCAGCCCGCCGCAGGAAGCUGAGCACAUCCGCCAUCAGUCACUGACGCCAGAGAGCCCGCGUCCGCAGAACGUCCCCUCGCCCGCCAACAUUCCAAUUCUCGUAGAGCACAUGGAUGCGGCCUAUGAUGAUCUCUCACACAGCAACGGCUCCCACUCCACCGCGACCGACCACUUUGCACAGCAUGCGCACCACCACCCCCCCUCGAACGCCAUCACUUCCGCACCCUACUUUGCCGACCAGUCGCAGCAGCAGUCAUCGUCGACCGCCGCCGCCACCGCCGCCGUCUACCAACACUUAGCAGGGCCUACAGCACCAGGGGGGGGAGACAAUGCGCCGGCAGGAUACGCCCCGUCGACGGGCUAUGGCGUCAGCAGCAUGGGUACGCAGCCGCACGCUACCUCCUCAAUGCAGAAUUUCUCUUCGCAGCAUCCGUCGCACCCUGCCUCGGCCACUGAUGCGCCCCAGGCGCAAGGUCAAGACCUCCACUCUGCGUACUCAUACUCCCAUGACAGUGCCUAUGCCACUCAGCACGCGCCGACUCAGUCAGCCCAAGGCGCUCACUACCAGACUGAAGCGCGCACUGGGCCCAAUAUUGACGUUCAAGCCCUGUUGGAUUCUCUGACGCCCGCUGCGACCACUGCCAAUCCGGGCCAGUAUACUGCUGCUUCCCAUAUGCACACUCAGUCUGCGCAGCCACAGCAGCACAAUGCCUCGUCAUUGCCCUCGGCUGCUACCAAUCUGCCUGCUCGACCGCCCACCCAAGAACAGCCCGCUACGCACCCCAAUUAUGACCCUAACGAUGAUAUCAGAUCCCAUCAUCCACACAGUCAGAGACCACCCAAUGUCCAGCAGAGAGGCAGUGCAUCUCUCCAGCCCUUGAAUGCGCAGAACCGCGACUUUGCCGGCUCCAAUGCAUCUGGCCAAACUCAACAGCAAACCCAGCGCAGUACAACGCCUGAUGAUGAGGAUCAGCGAUGGCCGCCCGAAGUGAAUAGGCGAUAUGAAGAAUUUUUGGAGCAGGAAAGAAAAUUUGUUACUGAAGGCCAGUGGGAUCAGUUCCCCAUGGGCUCUCGACUUUUUAUUGGCAAUCUUCCCACAGAAAAAGUUACCAAGCGCGACAUUUUCCAUCGUUUCUACCGCCAUGGCAGACUUGCACAGAUAUCAAUCAAGCAGGCAUAUGGUUUUGUCCAGUUUCUAGACGCCGAGUCGUGUCGCAGAGCACUAGAUACCGAGCAAGGACAGGCAGUUCGCGGAAGGAAAAUGCACCUUGAGAUUUCCAAGCCCCAGCGAAACACCAAGAAAAUUGACCCGCCGAUCCCCGCUUCGCGCCGGCGUUCACGGUCGCCAGACUAUACAAGGGGUGGCACAGGGCCAUCACCCAGAGAUAAUCGUUAUGGACCACACCCGAAUUCCAUGUCCCCUCGGGAUAGGGAUCGACGUUUCCGCGACCGGGAUGAUUACCGACCCAUGCGAUCGCCCUCACCUCGGGGCCCCGCACGGGGCAUGAGAUCGCGGGACAGGAGUCGCGACAGGUUCGACACACGGUACCGCAGCAGAUCAAGGACACCGCCCCGGCGGCACCGAAGUCCAUCCCCGCGUCGCGAUUACACAGAGGAUGGGCUAGACCUUCGCCGCCGACUGCCUCACGAAGUACCUGAUAUCCAGAUCCUUGUUCUUAACGAAGGUCUCCCUCGGGAUUUCAUCCGCUACGUUGAGGAUACUUUCCGCUCGCAGAGUCUACGAAGUAACGUUCUCAUACUAAGUGGUCGUUUCCCCGAGCCAGCCGUGGUCCGAAGACAGAUUCUAGAGGGCGUUCUGGCUAUUGUAAGACUCGACACUACAGGCUUAGCCAAGGGCAAAGUCAGCGUUCAGAUAUUUGAUCGGCGUGCAGGUGCUAACAAUGUCCAAUUCAACGAGUAUGCCGAUCUGGAUCCAACAACAGCUGGUCUUUUGGUCAACAACGCCAAACAAACUCAGUCUCGCUCGAACAUGCCACCCUCUACUUCGUACUUUCCUCCCAACAUGCCACCGCAUUACUCCCAGCCCAACAAUGCCUUCCCGCCUCUUCCCGCCAGUCAACCUAACAUCUCCAAUUUGAUCGCCUCCCUUGAUGGCGCUAGCCUGUCACAAUUGCUCGGUGCAAUGUCUGGUAGUAACAUGGCCCAGAACACGCAACCAACGGCCAACCAGGGGCUGAAUGCGGAUUUGGCGCGCCUUCUUGCACAAGUACCAAGCCCUGCCCAAACCCCGGGCUUUGGACCAGCGCCUCCAACCCAUCUCGCGCAGUUGAAUAGCCAAUUUCCCGCACUUGCUUCGCUCUUUGCCAACCAGAACCAGACGGUUGCUCCACCCGUCCAGGCUCCCGCACAGCCUGGUCCUGCCCCAGACAUGAACGAGAUCAUGGCCCAGCUUGCUCAGUAUCAACGCUGA